UUUUCAAUCCCAGUAAGAGUUUGAGCAGGAACAGAGUUGUGUUCAUGUAGCAGGGGGGUCCGGCUGCAUCUGGGGGGUGACCGCUGAUUUUCAGCACGUUUAUUUUAUUUUUUUCUAUUUUAUUUUACCCUUAUUUUCCCCACUUCGAGCAAUCCGCUGCACGCGCGCGCCGAUAUAUCUGGACGUACAGCUCUUGGUAUAGACCAUGAACAAACUCUAUGUGGGGAAUCUGAGUCCUUCGGUGACCGUGGAGGACCUGAAGCAGCUCUUCGGCGAGAGGAAGCUUCCCGUGACCGACCAGGUCCUGCUCAAAUCCGGCUAUGCCUUCGUGGACUUCCCCGACCAGAACUGGGCGAUUAAAGCCAUCGAGACUCUAUCCGGGAAAGUUGAAUUGCAUGGGAAAGUGAUCGAGGUCGACUACUCUGUUCCGAAAAAACUACGGAGUCGGAAGAUUCAGAUCCGGAACAUUCCUCCUCAUCUCCAGUGGGAGGUUUUGGACAGCCUAUUAGCACAGUAUGGUACUGUAGAAAAUGUGGAACAAGUUAACACUGAUACAGAAACUGCAGUGGUGAAUGUGACAUAUUCAACAAAAGAAGAGGCUAAAAUAGCUGUUGAGAAGCUAACAGGACAGACGUUUGAGGAUUACUCCUUUAAAGUGUCUUAUAUUUUGGAUAUGGAUGCUGCUCCGUCUCUGCCUGCGACCCGGAACCGUCGGGGUGGAAGGACAUCACGGGAACAGGACUCCCAGCCCGGGACCUCCGCAGGCUCCCUGGGGCCCCGACAGAAACAGCCAGACUUCCCCCUGCGCAUGCUGGUGCCCACACAGUUUGUGGGAGCCAUCAUUGGCAAGGAGGGGCUCACAAUCAAAAACAUCACCAAACAGACACAGUCCAAGGUGGACAUCCAUCGUAAGGAGAACGCGGGAGCGGCAGAGAAACCAAUCACCAUCCACUCCACUCCUGAAGGCUGCUCCGCUGCAUGCCGCAUGAUCAUGGACAUCAUGCAGAAAGAGGCUGAUGACACGAAGGUAACUGAGGAUAUUCCUCUGAAGAUCCUGGCCCACAACAGUCUGGUCGGAAGACUGAUCGGGAAGGAGGGCAGGAACCUGAAGAAGAUUGAAGAGGAGACAGAGACCAAGAUUACCAUCUCCUCUUUACAGGACUUAACUAUUUAUAACCCAGAGAGAACCAUUAUAGUGAAGGGGAGUAUCGAGGCCUGUUGUAGGGCUGAAGCAGAGAUCAUGAGAAAGCUGAGGGAAGCCUAUGAGAAUGACAUUGCUGCUAUUAACCAACAAACCAACCUUAUCCCUGGGUUAAGCCUGAGCGCACUGGGCAUCUUUUCAACCGGUUUGUCAGUAUUGCCACCAGCUGCUGGGCCCAGAGGCGUCCCACCCGUACCCCCAACUGGCUACAACCCUUUUCUUGGUCACUCAUCACAGCUGGGUGGGCUUUACGGUGUCCCGCCUGCUAGUGCCAUCUCUCACCAGCACACACAGGCUCCUGAACAGGAGGUGGUCUACCUCUUUAUUCCAACUCAGGCUGUCGGUGCUAUUAUUGGCAAGAAGGGCCAACAUAUUAAACAACUGGCACGAUUCGCGGGAGCCUCUAUUAAGAUCGCACCCGCAGAGAGUCCUGAUGUCACUCAGAGGAUGGUCAUCAUCACUGGCCCGCCAGAAGCUCAGUUUAAGGCCCAGGGCAGGAUAUUUGGGAAACUAAAAGAAGAGAAUUUCUUUACUGCGAAAGAAGAAGUGAAGCUGGAAACGCAUAUAAAAGUGCCCUCUUCAGCAGCGGGGAGGGUCAUCGGGAAAGGUGGCAAAACGGUGAACGAGCUGCAGAACCUAACCAGUGCAGAGGUCAUAGUGCCACGGGACCAAACCCCAGACGAGAACGAUGAAGUCUUUGUCAAAAUUAGUGGGCAUUUUUUUGCCAGCCAGACUGCACAGAGGAAAAUCAGGGAGAUCAUCCAGCAGGUGAAACAACAGGAGCAGAAGCACCAGCAAGGCGCCCCCGUGACACACCGCUCCAAGUGACCAUCAGGCCAGCCCCAGCGGGCACCUGCCAAUGAAUGUAGCCCUCCCAACUGGAAUCAGACCAGACCAGACCGGACGAAGGGGACCGGCCGGGCAGACCAGCAGCCGUGGGAUCAAAACCAAAGAACUUCUUUCUGGGGGAGAUGAAGGAGCCGCAGCCAGAAGGGCUCUGAGUGCACUGCCAGCUUGGGGAGGGAGGGGGAGGAAGCGCAAGAAGACAAGUGUUCCUUUUGUCGUUCGAACACACCCUGAGCUUGAGAAGAAUAGGUAUGGGGCGUCUUGUUAUCAGGACAGGAAACAUCAUGGUCGCCCCACGUAACAAUUUCUUAACCAUUUCUAUAAAAUUCUUAAUUUAGGCUUAAUCUAGGGUUAACACAGAUAAGAAGCUCCAUUAACACGUGUACACUGAUGCAUUUUGACUGAGUUGUGUUGCUGUUUUCUCAAGUAGGUAAAGUGUGGGUGUGCACUAGAAGUUGGCGACCGAUGAUUUUUUUUUUUUUUUUUUUUUUUUUUUUUUUUUUUGACGCUCAGAUUACGAUUUCAGUGAUUCUCAGACGUAUUCUCACCAGUACACUAGAACAAAUAUACUAUUAUAUCUGAAGCAGAAGCACGAUUCUUCUUGUUUUGCACAAGCCAUCGGGCGUGUAGUGCACAUAUGCGUACGCAUAUAACAUUGUUUUUUGAUGAUGAUGGGACAAGAAAGUUGGGAAAUGUAAAUGACAGAACGUAUUCAUAUCUUAGCCUGUAUACAUUUCGGGAAACAUCAUCCAGCUCAACGGAUCCUUGUUACUUAGCCCGUGCGUGCCAACGGAUGCCGUUAAAACCUUUCUUUCUGUGCAUAUCUUUCUUUUUUUUUUUUAAGCUUUUAUCAUUUGUAGUUUGUUCUUGUUUCUGUCCAGCUCUUACACUCCCUUUUGAUUUUUACGCCAGGGUUUUUGCAGCCUCUGCAUUUUAGUCAUUUCAUCGCCACCGCAUUCUUGUGGCGGUGGUUAUUACAAGACGGAAGUAGGUAUGCGGUAGUGACUUAGGAGUCAACACCCCUUGUUUGCUUUUGGGGGUAUGAAAAGAAUAUAAAGCAAGCACCAGCGUCUGAAAGACAGCGCACCUUUACUGGCUCGGGCAGAACGAAAUCGAAUGUGCACCAAGAACUCUGCCUUAAUCUAUGCUGAAAGGAAAUGAAAAAACGGGCGACUCAAAAUGUGAUUGGAGGGUCAGGUUGAUGUGGGACGGGGAGGCACCUUAUGACCUGUGGUACACACACGACCGCGUUUGGCUUUAAAUCUCUUUGUCAGGGAGCUUUCUAAACUGCAUGACAGCUGUGAAUGUACAAUAAGCAGCCUUUUAGAAAGAGCGCCACCCUGUCAUGUUCAGUAAGCUGAUUGGUCAGCGAGAUCGUUAUUGUUUUGAUUUUUUUUUUUUUAAGCAACUGAUUGACUGUUUCAACAGGCAUGGAUAUCCCUUUGUGCUUUAUUUUUUAUUUUCUUCUUUUUGACCAUGGAAGCUCGUGGCCUUAAACGUCACCGGUCUAUGUCAUCACAGACAGCUCCCUCGCCCAAUGAGAGCUAAGCCUCAUCUUCCAGACGCAAGGUUCAUGCCAAUACGCACAGCUUCCAUUUGUGUGUAUGCGUGUGUGUAUAUAGAUAUAUAUAUAAAGAGAGAGAAAUAUUUAUGAAUCUAUUUUUUUUCCUAUUUUGUGACGAGAGCUAUUAAUAAGAAACAAACAAAAAAAACAAGUUUUUUUUUUUUUUUUGGUGGAACACUGCCAUGUUAUUCUGAAGGGAAGUGUUUAUUUUCUCGGAAGUAGACUAUGAAUAUUGAUAGUAUACUAACAGUAAGAACAGUAAUGAAUCACCGCAACACUUUGAUCAGAAUAUGAUCGGUGCGCAUGUCAGUAUUGUGAUCUACCUCAGGCGUCAGGGUACCUCAGUCCAAUCUUUUAAGUUCCCUUUUUUUUUUUCUCCCCACAUUUUGUAUGCCUUGUAAACUGAAAGUUUUGAACAUGUUCUUUUAAUAAUUAUAAUAAUAAUAAUAAUAAUAAUAAUUAAAAAAGAUCAAGGAAAAGAUCUAGUCUGAAGUAUUCAGGUCCAUCUGACAAAGAAGUAUAGAUCUUAAAGCUUUCGAAACUGUAUGCGAAUUUACUUCAUUAUUUUUACCAAUUACAACCUCGUGAUUUAUUACAGAAUGUGUAACUGAGGGGUACUUUCCUGCCCGAAAGGGGUUCUUAAUGUGGAUACUGUGUACUGAUGUCUAGAUCAGUGACGAAUGGUUAAAAAGACUAUCUUCCGUUUUCACAGACAAGGUUUAAACCUAGUGCUAGAUUAAAUGUAAACCGAAAGAGACUUGCCCUGACUGAUCUUAAAACAUGUCAGUGCCUUUGUUUUGUCUUAAGAUGCACAUCAGUAACGCUUUUUUUCAAAGGCUUGUUUAUAAAAAUAACUCAACUGAACUAUGGUCUAAUCCUGGUUUAGGCUAAGCCCUGUCUAUGAAACCGGGCCUGUGAAUAUCAAGCAGAAUUGCUUAAUUCGAAGCAUUCUCCAGGAGCAACUGCGCUGUCUGAAGCGCAAGCCAGCUUUCUCUUUACAUUUUAUAAAAACGAGUCCAAAUUCAGGAAUUACAGUCAGACCAAAUUUUUUAAAUAAUUAGUUUUUUUUUUUUUUAAAUCAAGGCCUUUCACAAAAGAAAAACCAUGUUGAUAUAAAAAAAAAGU